AUGUAUGUCACUAGGGUAUCGACGAAGGUCCCCCUCUCGAAACAAACAGCUGUCCAGCUGUCGAAGGCUGUAACCAGCUUAUACCAAUCUCAUGGACUCUGCACAAGUACGCCUGGUCUUCACUUAACAGGUCUGCGAGCUCAGCCAUCACGUUCUCGCCAGUUUAGCUGGACGUCCAGAAGUCGUCUGCGAGAUUACUUUCCAGAACCUGACCAUGACCAAAUCAUCAAAACAGACCCGGCAUGGCCACAUCCGCCAGCCAACGCCGAGCAGAUGACCAAGAUCUCAUACGCCCACCGAGAACCCAAGGACUUCUCCGAUCGAGUAGCACUAUUCAUGGUACGCAUGCUGCGAUGGGGAAUGGACACAGCAACACGAUACAAGCACGACGUCGAAUCGCCCAAGAAGCCGGGCGACGAAAAUGCCCUGGUCGGGACGAAGCCCUACGCAAUGAGCGAACGCAAAUGGCUCGUCCGAAUGGUAUUCCUAGAAAGUGUUGCUGGCGUCCCAGGAAUGGUUGCCGGCAUGCUUCGCCACCUACACUCGCUCCGCCGCAUGAAGCGCGACAAUGGCUGGAUCGAGACGCUGCUUGAGGAAGCAUAUAACGAGCGAAUGCACCUUCUUACAUUUUUGAAGAUGGCGGAACCGGGUUGGUUCAUGCGCUUCAUGAUCUUGGGCGCUCAAGGUGUCUUCUUUAAUAGCAUGUUCCUAUCCUACCUCGUCUCACCUCGAACCUGUCAUCGCUUCGUAGGAUAUCUGGAGGAGGAAGCUGUUCUUACCUACACGCUUGCGAUCCAGGAUAUCGAGGCAGGCAAACUUCCUAAGUGGUCGGAUCCGAACUUCAGAGUCCCGGAUCUGGCGGUGAAUUACUGGAAGAUGCCAGAAGGAAGCAGGACGAUGAGAGAUCUGCUUCUGUAUAUCAGAGCGGAUGAGGCGAAGCAUAGAGAGGUCAACCAUACGCUCAGCAACUUGAAGCAAAAGGAGGACCCGAAUCCUUUCGUCUCGGAAUAUAAGGAUACAAGUAGGCCUCACCCUACGAAGGGUAUCGAGAAUAUUCGUCCGACGGGAUGGGAACGAGAUGAGGUUAUUUGA